AUGCUCGACUGGCAAUCCCGAAUUCGUGACCCUGUAGAGCCUGACUCUCCUUCUACUCCCUCGGAAUCGACCCGAGCAUCCUCUGCCCUCCCUAUGCAACCUCCCGAAACUACUGCACCCCGCACCUUCGACCCCGAUGCUUCGUUGGUCCUCGUCGGAAUCCGAGGUUGCGGGAAACGUUCGCUCGGCUUUGUCGCCGCGACUGCCCUCAAGCGACGCUUCAUUACCGAAGACCACUACUUCAAGGAGGUGACUGGGGUUACGCGCCAUGAAUACCUCAAGACCAAUGGCAGCCAAGAAUUUCAACGCCGAGACAUUGAGGUGUUGAAACAGAUGCUGGAUAAACACCGCACAGGAUGUGUUAUUGAGUGUGGACUGGGAAGUCUCACUCGGCCUGUUCAGGAUCACCUGCGCCGCAUCUCCCAAACCAAUCCGGUUGUCCACAUCCUGCGCGACAUUGACCGUAUUCAACAACUGCUCGGAUUGGAAGAUCAGUCCGUACGACUACUACAAGAAGGGGAUCCACUGCAUCGCACAUGCUCAAAUUUCGAGUUUUAUAAUCUGGAGGACCGAACACGCAUUAUUGCCGAUGACGGAAGCCCCGACCCGAGAUCCGCAGCUUAUUCUUUCAAACUGCAAGAAGUCAAGGAAGAUCUGACUCGAUUUGUGCGUUUUGUCACAGGUGUCGAUGUGAACCAAACUAGCUACGACUCGCCAUUCGUCUUGUUGGAGACUCCACCAGAGCUUCGUUCUUAUACACAUGCCAUACUUGUUCGCUCAUCCGACCUGGUUGAAGAUAAUGUAAAUCUCCCGGAGCUGGAGUCCGGAGGAGAUGCCAUUGAACUAUGUGUAGACCGCUGGGGUCCCGAUACAGCUGCUGUGAUCAGCCAACAAGUCGCCGUUUUGCGCCGUAACGCUCGCACGCCAAUUAUACUCUCCGUCGACAUGACAACUUCGGGACUCGGUCGACGAGAUCAGUCGACUUCAUCAUAUUUCGAUAUAUUGGAACAUGGUCUUCGCUUAGCAGUGGAAUAUCUAGUCGUAGAUCUCGGACAAAACAGAGCUCAGCUUGCGCAAAUCAUUCGUGCGCGAGGCAAUACCAAGAUAAUUGGUCAACAUGUCUUUGAAUCAACUUCUCGGGUGAAGUGGACUGAUGAAGGCUGCGUGACCUUAUACAACGAAGCUGAGAAGUUGGGUUGUCAGAUUGUGCGUCUUCUGCGAGUUGCAACGAACCGAGAUGAGAACGCCACUGUCCUUGAGUUUACCAACAAAAUCCGAGCCUUGACUGGAGAACACGCUCCUUUAAUUGCUUAUAACAUUGGACGUCUUGGGCGAACAUCUCAAGUCUUCAACUCGAUUUUGACCAGCGUUACCCACCCUGCUAUCACACGAACAACAGAGUGUGAGCGUGAUCCUCUGAUUACAUCCCGCGAUGCUGUUCAAGCACUAUUCCAAAGCUACGUGCUGGAUCCAUUGAAGUUCUGCAUUCUUGGUUCCAGUGUAGCCUACAGUCUUUCCCCUCCUAUGCACAACGGCGCUCACCAACACUCCGGCAUGAGCCACACGUAUAAAAUCCCCGAAUCUCCUUCAUUAGCUAUAUUGGAUGAAUUGCGACGAGAUCCAAACUUUGGCGGCUCGAGUGUUGUACAACCUUGGCGUGUGGAGCUGUACCACAAACUUGCAGCUAAAAGCCGACACGCUGAAGCAAUUGGCGCUAUUAAUACCAUUAUGCCUCUGCGAGGUCCCUCCGAAGGCGGAAUGUACUCGCUCCAAGAACAAGCCAUUCGACGCAACCAGGCAGGUCCGGUGCUCGGAUGGUACGGAGAAAACACAGAUUGGGUCGGUAUUGAGAUUUGCUUCACUCGACACCUAUCCCCUCGCAACGCCAUCAGCGCUAAAACAACUGGCUUGGUGAUUGGCGCUGGUGGUAUGGCUCGCUCUGCUAUCUAUGCUAUGCUUCGCAUGGGUUGUCGGAAAAUCUUCAUCUACAAUCGCACGCAAUCGCGCGCGGAAGAAGUGGCUCGUCACUUUAAUUCGUGGGCUUCGUCCCAGGUGGACUCGGUAGAUGUGGUUCGAGUACUCAAGUCAACACAGGAUGAUUGGCCUGAUGAUUCAAAUCCUCCCAGUCUUAUUGCAUCUUGUGUACCGGCUGAUCCGGAUCAGGCUGAACCCCCUGCCAAUUUUGAGAUGCCCUUGCAGUGGCUUGGGAGUACCACUGGGGGUGUUGUUCUUGAGCUUGCCUACAAGCCCUUAGACACACCUCUGUUGAAACAGAUGCGCCGGAUACGAAAUGAUACCGGUCGCUCCUGGGUAUUAUCCGAUGGCUUGGAGAAUGUUAUCGAGCAGGGUAUAGCUCAGUGGGAAUUGAUGACUGGCCGUAAGGCCCCUCGACGAUUGAUGACCCUGGAGGUCCUUCGCAAUUACGAGGGCGACAAUGGACGAUUUGACGAGAAGACUAUUCAGGCUCGACUGGACGGCGUUUGCUCGUAG